AUGCAUUAUAGAGCUGUAGCGUAUUAUGUUCAUAUUACAAGAGAAAAUUACGCAAUAGAGAGAUUAAAAAUGAUUAAGAUGCUUUGCAUGAAGGGAGGAAAUGGGGACACUAGUUAUGCCAACAAUUCGUUACUUCAGAAACAAGUUAUCACCAUAACGAUGCCGGUGAUUCAAGCCGCCAUGACAAACAUGCAUCGCAACAUGAGUUUUCCAGUAACCAAAAUACUUUGUAUGGCGGACUUGGGGUGCUCUUCCGGACCAAACACCAUUUUCAUCAUGUCGGAGUUGGUUAGAACCAUUUACGAAACUUGUGAGGUUUCUGGGCAUAAGUCGCCUGAAUUUCAAAUUUACUUGAAUGAUUUACCGGGAAAUGACUUCAAUACCCUCUUCAAGUCUUUGCAAGGAUCUCUUGAAAAGAUGGUACAAGUUAUGGGAACAUGUCUUGGCCCAUGUUUCUUCAUGGGAACACCUGGUUCAUUCUAUGGCCGUUUAUUUCCAUCUAAAAGCCUCAAUUUUGUGCAUUCUUCUUAUAGUCUCAUGUGGCUUUCUCAGGUUCCACAAGGGAUAGAGAAUAAUAAGGAAAACAUAUGCAUAGGCAGCACAAGCCCACCUAAUGUGUUGGAAGCAUACUAUAAGCAGUUUCAAAAGGAUUUUUCUCUAUUUCUUCGAUGUUCCGAGGAAAUUAUGGCAGGUGGUCAAAUGGUUAUGACCAUUAUGGGCAGGAAAAACGAAGAUCGGUCUAGCAUAGAAGGCAUCUACACUUGGGAACUCCUAGCCAUGGCCCUCAAUCAAAUGGUCUCCGAGGAGAUAAUAGAAAAGAAGAAAAUGGAAGCAUUUAACGUCCCACUAUACACCCCAUCCACGGGAGAAGUGAAGUUGGAAGUUGAGAAAGAAGGCUCAUUCAUUAUCGACUACCUCGAGGUUAGCCAAGUCGAGUGGAGUGCUUGCAAUUGGGGGCUAUCAACUAAUGACACAAACGGUUAUCAAUAUGACCUGGCUCAAUGCAUGAGGGCUGUUGCGGAGCCCAUGCUAGCCGGCCAUUUCGGUGAGUCGAUCAUUGACCAAUUUUUUCAUAGCUAUGAUAACAUAUUGUGCGACCGCAUUAUUAAGGAGAACCCUAAACUCUAUAAUGUUACGGUUGUGAUGGUUAAAAAGUAGUGAAUAUUAUUGAUACAAUAGUUU